AUGUCCAAGCUCAUUUUCACGCCUUGGAAGAGCAAGUCGCAGUUGCUCGAUGUGCGGAGCGAGUUUUAUCCGCUGCCUUCGUAUGAUGGCCCGGACAUGCGCUCCCAUGCCUGCGCUACGGUAGAAGCGUGGAAGUUGCGCGGAAAUCUCCCGCACCAUGUCGAGGCGACUGCGUUGUUGACGAACGCGAUUCUGCACGACGAUGCGCAGAGAAACUCCAUCUUUUCUAUCCGGGCCACUUACUCGGCUGCUUUUUGCCGCUUUGUAACGGGUCUUGUCGACUCGAAAAUCCAUGGCCAGCGCAAGACCAUGUUCCAGCGUGCAGUCGACCUGGGGUUACCUGCGUCCUUUGUCGAAUUGCGCCACGAGGCCACUCACCGCGAGCCACCCUCGCUGGUUGUGUUGCGCAAGGCCUCGCAGCGGUCCCUGGAAUGGCUCUGGGAUAACUACUGGGUCGGAGUUGAUGACCUGGGUGAUGUCCCUGCUAUUGAGCAUGAUGACAGCGAGUCGGUGAAGAAAGCCUUCCGCGACGUUUUGCAACAAUUCUCAACCGGGUAUGGCUCCGUGCCACCUUCGAAGAAGCGGAAGAGAGAUCAUGAGGUCUCUGUUGCGGCUCAGCUUAUUUCCCUCUGUGAUGCGUCGAGUCAAGGCGUUCGGUCCUUGCCUGCUGUUCUACUAGAGGGGUCUGCGUUGAUUGAUCCUGCGCGAAAACUUGGGGAGUCUCUGGAUGAGACAUUCGAUACCUGGGAUGUCGUCUUGCAGAAGGUUGCAGAGAGCCAUCUUUCCGUCGUGGUCUACCUGGCCGAGGAGCUGGUACACAACUUGGUCUUCAAUGUCGCCAGCGAUUUCCCAGAGAGCGCACAGGCUGAAGCACUAUUUCUCUGGCUUCUCCAUCUAUUGACAUCACCAGAGUGGGAGAUGCUGCGGCCAUUCUGUCCUCGCAACUACAUCCUCACUGCCUGCAGUGAAAACCCCAACCACUGGGCCAAGAUGCUAGGUGCUAGAUUACGGGAAGAGGAGCCAUCGAAGAACACGCCCCCUAGAGCACAGCCUGUUGCUCAGAAACGGUCGAAGAAGGGAACAUCUCAGAAUGGCACUGCCAACCUGUCUGAUGCCGAUCGGAAACUACGGGAACGUGGAUGGGGGCCCGUUGAGACCUGGGACAGUCGCCCCUUGGGCAUUGCUUCUAUCUAA